GGAAAAUAUUGACAUGUGUGCUUUCUCAAAUAAGCCGAAUUUAAUUUGAAGCUGUCUCGUGCGGCGUUACGGGAGAGGCGUGGAUAGAAUGUCCGGUGGUCUCUUGGCUUAGUGGGGGAUUUACAACACCUGCUGAGAGUAUGUCUCUCACUUACUUCUGAUUUUUUCUGAUACCAAAAGAGCACCUGGCUGAGGAACAAACAGUUACUGAUACCAGCCAUGCCGAGACGAUCGUAUGAGAUCAGCAUUUAUCCAUUCAGCCGUCGCUUGGAGACCAAGAGACUCCGGAAGAGAGCAGAGUUCCUCGAGAGCAUUGGAGUGAGGUUUGAGGGAGACCCAGUGUCCAAUGACCUUCCCCACAUCUACCUUCCGCGGCUCCACAGACAGAAAACAGAGAAAGACCAGAAGACGAAACUAGGGGACGCUCUUUUGAAGCUAGCUCAGGAUAGCAACAUCAAUGACCACGUGACAUCUCAUCAGGACCAGAUGUCCACAGUCCAACGAGAAGUUCUAGAAUUCACUGACUGGAUUGUUCCACAUCUCAGGAAGAGCGGAUUUGAAUUAGAUUUCAAACGUCCAAUUGUCAUUGAAAGCAUUCCACCGUGGACGACAGCCGAGAAAGAAAUUCCCUGUCUUUUGCCAUUUUCUUUGAAAAAGGUGAAGCUGAAGCCUUUAGAGCCGGGAUACGUGGUCAUGCAGUUACCCAGACGCGACUCCACCGAGUUGGAUGAAUUUUCGAAUCUCCGAUCAGAAGACAGACUCCACUUGUCGCCUAAGAAAACAUAUCAUCUUUUACACAAAAUACUGAAAAAGGCUUUUCAGAAAGAGUCCAUACCGUUUGAGCGUCUGAAGAUGGUGCUGAAGGAUAGUCAUUACUGUAUAUACUACGAUCUGAGGAACUAUGGUUGGAGAAUAGAAAUCAUUCCCGCAAUACACAUAUACAAAUCGAACGCCGUUCUUGUGUCCAAACCUUUUGACAUGGAUGAAAACGCUGCUUCGGAAAUGAGAUGGAGAAUUUGUUGGGCACAGAAAGAAGCUGAGAUCAUCCGAUCGAUAUCCUGCACAGACAAAGGUAUUAGAACCAAAGCGCUGCAGAUCGUCUGUAGACUUUGCCAGAAGGACUGGCGUCUGAAGAUGCUGACCCCCUACCAGAUCCAGAACGUGUUGCUGUUCGACAUGGAUUACCAUGUGGACCACUCACCACGGUGGCAGAGAAGCUGUCUAGAGGACUGUGUCCUGUCUCUCCUCAACAGACUCUUACACUACGCCAAGGCGGGAUACCUGCCUCACUUCAUCAUUGAGGGACUGGACCUGUUCGGUCUGUUAAACCCCAAGACAGUUGUUCUGUAUAAGAGCGCCUUGGAGAGACUGACGACGAACGAGAAGGCUCUGAUCAGUCUCAUUGAAAGGACUCGUCCUGAAGACGACGCCGAACCCACGUGGCUUGAACCAAAGACAGACACUGUUGACCGACCUAAUUUACAGAUUCCUGCCUACAUUGGAAUCGUCUGACAGAGAAUAUAACAUUCGCUGUGUGGAAAGUGUUGUUGCAUUCUUAGUGGAAGUACCAAAACAGAAGUCCAAAAUUUGAAAGUGACGUAUAGAAUGUUGGUGGCUGGACAGUAGUGUAGCAGCGUUUCCAAAUUCAAGAAGUUCAUGUGCACUAAAUGAUCGAUCACUCCAGUAAAAACAAUGUUGUUAGUG